GGUCAGUGAGCCCUGUGCACUACAGUAACAUUCACCACAGACCAGGACAGAAGCCUAUUGAGCAGAAAUGGGAGCUACUGUUUCCUUAUGACCUCACAUGGGAGUUUACUCCCAUCCUACAGUAUAGUACAAUGUGAGAAGACCAAGCUUCAGCAUGGCAGAAUAUAUCCUGUGGACAGUGUUUACAUGGACAUUCAAGGGAGUACUCUGCACCUGCAGGUUCCUUUGGAUAUGCCCCUACAAUGCAAUCAAAUUCUUACCAAGAGAAAAGCACAUUACAGAGGACAAAAGUCAACAACCGAAACAACGUGGCGGUUCUGAGAGUAAAGGGAUUGCAGCCAUACCAGGCAGCCCUGAUCAUACAACUGGCCUUCAAAAAAGACUGACCAAAACUGAGAAAGAGAUCCUGUCACUCAAAACAAGGAUCGCUUGUGAGAGAGCAUCAUGGGAAAGGAGGUUUGCAGUGCUGCAAAGAAAUCAGGAAGAGCUACGUAAUCAGCUGGUCUCUACAGCUGGAGGCUUGGUGAGAGUGGGCAGUAGUGAUGGAGAGUCAGGAGUGGACAAUGGAGAAGUGUUUGAUGAAUGCUCAAGUAGACUUCACCGACACCGAAGGUCUGAAGUAUCAUCAAGGAGUGACAGUUAUGCAUGUAGUUUGUCAGGCAGUCAGAUGUCCUUGUCAUCAUCAGCGCUGAGCUCCAGACUUGCCUCCUCCUCAUCUUCAGCCUCCAGUGUCAGAUCAUGGAGGACAACACAAGGGCCACAUCGGGUUUUUGUCCCCCACUCUCCCAUGGAUCUUCAGCUGGGCCACCAGGUCAGGAUCAUGCUGCCUUCUGGAAGAAUCAGCACAGGAACCAUUCGUUUCCUGGGUCACCUCCAGGGGGAAGCAGAUCUCCACCUUGGCGUGGAGCUGCAGACUCCUGAUCCAGGACUGCGUGACGGCCGCCACAAGGGACACAGCUACUUUGAAUGCAAACCUGGAUAUGGUGCCUUUGUACCAUUCCACAAACUACUGAUGGCCUGGGAAUAACUGACAUAGAGGUGUGAGGCAGAGCUGCCCUUGAACUCCACAAACAAAUGAAUGCAGAUCAGUAAUCAUGGAUGUGACACCUUAUUAUAAUGAGGAACAUAUUUGUAAGAAAAUCCAUGUAAAAACAUUUAAGAUAUGUAUCUUGUCUGUGAAUAGGAAUAUAUUUAAUUGUCACACUAUUCACAAUAAAAAUAACAUUUGAACAAGCA